AACCACUGUGCCACCAGGGAAGUCCCAACAGUGCUUUCUUGAGAGAGUUAUUGGGAGGACUAGAUAAAACUAAAACUGUUUGCCAGUACCUGGUAAAUGUGAGCUCUAUUAUCAACCAUCUGUGCCUUGGGGUGGUGGAAGGCAGCAUCAGGGGUCGGGGGAAGGGAAGGGGGUGCUUUCCUUUCUCUCUGUACCUCGCACUUCCCGUCCUAGGAACCGCCAUCAUUUCCCACUCCUGCCCCUGACAUCUGCAAAAGGAAACUGAUGAGGGCUCUCAGGGCUGCCCCUUGAGUUCCCAGAUGUCCCCCUCGCUACAGAAUGACUCGGCUUCUCUCCAGCUCACGACCACCCCAAGGCACAGCCAGGCUCAGGGCAGCCCCCUCUGGGCAGUGACGAGGAGAUCCUCUACAUCCUUAGGCGGCUCAGAGGACUACCCAACUACUAUGUCUGCCUGGGGCGGGCCAAGGACUCUGUUUGAGAAGGUCACCUUGGAGACGGGCCGCGGAGUCCAGGGGGAGUGCGCGGGCAUUCGCGGGCAGAGGGAAGCCUGGGAGACGGGAGCCUCGCCCCGCGCUGGUCCCGGCAGCGGAAGAGCCCGUGGUCCGGGAGGCCCCCCGCCGAGUCGCGUCUGCGUCUCCAGCACUGCCUUAGAAAUAAGAAAAAAGUGGCCCCAGUUUUUGGAACUGGAAGCAGGUCCUGGCCUUUUGUUUCCUGCCCGCCUGUGUGUCUCGGCUUUACAGUGUUGCCCAGUGCAGAGCUGGCCAGCCGGUCCGAUCGUGGAGCAGCAUGAGUUCUGAGCAGUCUGCCUGAGGUCUGGCGACACCGGCGGCCUCAGCCCCUCUGGACCUCCAGGUCCCAAUUCUGGCCUGCGGGGCAGCUUUGGAAACAGGUUAUGAUGAUGUCAGACAUUGCUAAAGACAGAACGGCUCAUUUACUGAAGAAGAGGGGCAGUGUGUCUUCUUUAAGUAGCCAUGAGUUCUGGCGGAAAGAGCCUCGUGGGCGCACCAAAGACUCUCUGAGUACAGUGUCUUAUAUGGAUGAACCUAGCCAGCAUGAAGAUGCCUCUCACCUCGCAGUUCAGAUGGAAAACACCUACCAACUGGGUCCUACCAAACAUUUUCCUGUUGUCAUUGUCAAUCAUAUUCUGAAAGAUGUGUUAACUAACUACCUACAAGAAGAAAAAUAUGAACCAGAGCUCUGUAGACAGAUGACUAAAACGAUUUCUGAGGUUAUUAAAGCCCAGGUCAAGGACUUGAUGAUUCCACGAUAUAAGCUAAUUGUGAUGGUUCACAUUGGACAACUGACUGGCCAGAGCAUACUGAUUGGAAGCAGAUGCCUCUGGGAUCCUAAAAAUGAUACCUUUGCAUCUUACAUUUUCAGAAAUUCUUCUCUGUUUGCUCUUGCAAAUGUCUACACAGUUUACUUUGAGUGACUGAAAACAAGAAAUCUAGUUCAUACUUUUUAAAUCAAGAAAUAGGCUGUAUCUUUGUACACAAGUUUCACUGCCCAGACGUUUGAGAAAGACACAACACGAAUAUUUCAAACAAUUGGAAGUUUGGGGACUUUUUCAUACUCUUGUAAGUAUGAAAGAGUAUACUUACUCUUUGGAGGAGAG